AUGGAAAUCUCCGAUGACAAGGAUAAGGCUGAACACCUCUCUCAGUUUUUCCGGUCCGUCGGGACAAGUGAACCUGAUUUUCUCUCCCCCAUUUGUGAAGACGAAGAAAAGCCUACCCUUGAAGCCGUAUUCUUCACCGAAGCAAUUGUUCGGAACGAGUUACUUAAUCUGAAAGAAUCGACCUCCCCAGGCCCUGAUGCAAUCCCCGCCAAGCUGCUGAAGGAGCUAGCUCCCGAAAUGUCCAAGCCUUUAGCCUUGAUCUUCCAAACAUCAUUUCUUACUGGAUGCCUGCCCUCUGACUGGAAUUCCGCUACCAUCACUCCGCUUUUUAAGAGCGGAAGUCGUGCGUCUGCGAAUAACUACAGGCCAGUGAGUCUUACCUCCAUCUGUUGCAAAAUCAUGGAGAAGAUCAUUAAGAAGGCCUUGAUGCAGUUUCUCGAGCAGCACCACCUCCUCUCGGAUGCACAACACGGCUUUCGAAGUGGUAGGUCCUGCCUCAUGAAUCUGCUCUUUACGCUCGAACGCUGGACCAAAGCACGCGAUGAAGGUAGUGUGGUGCACGCCAUCUACAUCGACUUCAAAAAGGCCUUCGACAGCGUUCCCCACCAACGUCUCUUGCCCAAACUGCGCAACGCUGGAAUUCGUGGACGACUUCUUGCAUGGAUCCAGAGCUUUUUGACUGGACGGUCCCAAAGAGUGCAGGUCGGGCGUCAACAGUCCUCAGAGGUAAGCGUGGUGAGUGGCGUCCCACAAGGCUCAGUCCUAGGUCCCACGUUAUUCCUCGUUUUCAUAAAUGACUGCGUCAAGGACUUAGACUGUGAUACCAUCCUGUUUGCCGGCGAAAUUAAAUUGUGGAAAGUUAUUCACAAUGCGGCAGACGCAGACCACCUGCAAGCAAACCUGAACAGGCUCGAAGACUGGUCGAAGCGCUGGCUUAUGCCCUUCAAUAUAAGCAAGUGCAACUUUCUUCAACUAGGCAGCUUCAGAGCCUCCAGCCCCAGGACUUACUUCCUAGAGGGCACACCCCUGCAACAGGUUGACAGUCAGAAGGACUUGGGUGUAUGGAUUACAUCUUCACUCAAACCAACACUGCACUGCGCGAAGGCGGCUAAAUCGGCUAUGGCUACACUGCAACUCAUUAAGCGAGCAUUUAUGGAAUUUGAUCCAGACAGCUUUUCAAAAAUAUUUGGCACCUACGUGAGGCCUCAUCUAGAAUGCGUCAUACAGGCCUGGAGAUUUUGGACUGCCAAGGACUAUACCGUUCUGGAGAAGGUCCAGAGACGGGCGACCAAAAUGACACAAGGUCUGGGAGCGCUGUCUUACGAAUCUCGACUGUCAACUCUCAACCUGUUUCCGCUUUCUUAUAGGCCAUUACGUGGUGACCUUAUACUUGCAUUUCGCAUUAUUAACGGCCUAGACUGUUGUUUAGAUCCCACUGAUUAUUUCACACAAGCUAACACGCCCAAUUUGCGCGGUCAUCCCCUAAAACUACGCGUCGGGAAAGCAAGGAUCAAUGGAAGAAAGUUCUUUUUCAGUCACAGAGUGGUUGCAGCGUGGAAUGCCCUGCCCAGCGAUGUUGCAACCUCCUCCUGUGUGAAGUCCUUUAAGUUUAGACUUGACGCGCAUCAAGCCUCCAAGUUACCAGCCUUACAUCCACUCACAUAA